AUGGGGAUCGCGACGCUGGCGUUCGUGCAGACACUAGCAGCGGUGGUGGCCGCACAGCAGGGCGGAGAUGAUACGGGCGUCACCUUCACCGAGACGAUCGAGCAUCUGGGCGGGCUGCCCGUGUUGGCCGCCGCUGUGCUGCUGUUGGCGUUGGUCUACAUUGCGCUGGUCGAGUGGCUGCUGCCGCGUGGCCGGCGGCAGCACCAGCUCAAAGAAUCUCAGCGCCAAAAGAUCAAGUGA